AUGGAAACAAAUCCAGGUUACCUCCAAUUGGUAGCUGGACCAUUCACAUCCAAAAUCCAACUCACAAUCACAAACCAAUUGGAUUCGAGCCAGAACGAGCAGAUUCACAUGAUGAGAAAUUGGCUUUGUCAGCAAUCAAUGAACGGUCAAGCAUGUUUCACCCAGGUAUCGAAUAGAAUUUUACAAAUUCCGCACGAACAACAGGCACAGGCCCUUGAUGAGAUUGAUCAAGUAAUUGCCAAGUAUUUCAUUCUCAAACCACCACGUUCAGCCAUUCAAUCUUCUGCAACAGACAUCAUUCAACUCCCAGAGUCAACUACGAGUAAAGAAGCCCUCACCAGUCAUUUAGACCCCACCCAAUCCAUCAUAGGACCAUCCAAACCUCACAUCGUGUCAUUAUCAGUUGAAAGUACCAAUGGGACCGAUGAUGUACCUCGUACGGUCAAGAAGAAACGAAAAAAGACCCCCAGUAUCAAUAUACUACAGGUAACCUCUCAUCCAAAGGCCGAUUUGACAGCCACAGAAACCACCGAGCUUUUCGCACCACAAUCUCUUGUUCGGUCAUCACCACCCCUUCCUCCCCUGUUCUCACCGUCACAAACAGACCCUGCACCUUUGGCCCCACUUUCACCGCCACUUCGAUUUGAUUCACACUGUACAUCUACAUACACAUCAGACUUAGCAAAUGCCCUGAUUAAUCCCCUUCAUCCGUGUUUGGUCGAUUACGAGUCUGAGCCACCCGAUGACACAGAACAGUUUCCUUCACCAAACCUCAGCCCAACAAAUUCACCAAUCGAGAUUUCAUCAACAGAUAACGUGCCUCAUAUUAUUGGUCAGACACAGGCAGCUUCACCCGACUCGAGCAACAUUGAGGCCACCGUAGCACCGAUUUCACCCUCAUGCGGCAAUAACGAUGAUGGGGACAGAAGCUUCCAAGUCGAAAGCUUGUUACCAUGUUUACACUCGAUUCAGGAACAAACUCAAAAAGUCGACAACACCCCACUCUCACCACUACAGCCACCCACACAGGUCAUGUUAUUUCAUAGAUAUCCACACCCCUCUCAAGUUCUAGUUUCUCACAGCCAUUCUUUUUAUGUUACGUUGUAG